UAAUUAUAUAAUAAUUAUGUAGUGAUUAAAAAAAAAAAUUAAUUUAUUUUUAUAAAAAUGAAAAAGUUAGAGGCUAGCAAAAUGAUUCACCUGUCAAAGUUUAAUAGCCUGAAAAAAAAGUAAGGCUAGAAUUAUAAAUAAAUUGAUUAAAUGUUUAAAAAAAAUGAACCUCGUCUUGGCGCUGCUGCUUCUGCUAAGCAAUGUCUCGUCUGAAGAUUUAUCAAACGUGACAUCUACGGUGAAGGUCCAGUUUACAUCCCGGGUAGUAGAGAACGAAUACAUAGUGGUCUUCAAGGGCUACUACAAGCCAAGCACCCGACAGAGCUACAUCAGCGCAGCGCUGACCAAUUCCGGAGUCGCAGAUUGGAGAAUUCUGGAGCGCGACAAUGCGGCCAGCGAGCACCCUAGUGACUUUGAUGUAGUCUUGCUGAAGGAGACCCAGAAGUACACGGGUCUAGAUGCGUUGACGGAGCAUCCUCUGGUGAAGAGAGUUACUCCGCAGCGGCUGGUCUACCGCACGCUGAAUUAUGUUAACUCUACUGAGGAUGGGGAGAAAGUGUUUCGCAGGAAGAUGAAAAAUUUGAACGAGUCCUGGGCGAACCGACACACCAAUCGGCGGCUUCUUCGAGCGAUUCCUAAGCAGAUUACUUCUGUUUUGCAGGUGGACGCGCUGUGGAAGUUGCGAGUGACUGGCCAGAACGUAAAAGUAGCAGUGUUCGACACGGGCCUAGCAGCGAGCCACCCUCACCUGAAGAACAUCAAAGAAAGAACGAACUGGACCAAUGAAAAGUCCUUGAGCGACACCCUGGGGCAUGGAACCUUCGUAGCAGGUGUAAUCGCUUCAUCGUCAAAAGAAUGCCUGGGCCUGGCACCAGACGCAGAGCUCCACAUCUUCCGAGUGUUCACCAAUGAGCAAGUGUCUUACACCUCCUGGUUCCUGGACGCGUUCAACUACGCGAUCCUGUCCAAAAUCACGGUGCUGAACCUCUCCAUCGGCGGUCCAGAUUUCAUGGACCACCCCUUCGUGGACAAGGUUUGGGAGCUGACGGCGAACGGAGUGAUCAUGGUCUCCGCGACUGGGAACGACGGUCCGCUCUAUGGGACCCACAACAACCCCGCGGACCAGAUGGACGUCAUCGGAGUCGGCGGGAUCAACUGGGCUGAUAAAAUUGCUAGUUUCUCUUCUAGAGGAAUGACCACCUGGGAGCUGCCCAACGGGUACGGAAGAGUCAAGCCCGACCUGGUGACCUAUGGAUCGGGAGUUCGCGGGUCUGCUUUGAAGACCGGCUGCCAAUCUUUGUCUGGGACUUCUGUAGCGAGCCCCGUAGUCGCCGGGGCUGUUACUCUUUUGGCUAGCGGGUUCGUCGGCGACCUCACUCAAAAAACAAGGAUCACCCCCGCAAGUAUGAAACAAGCUCUACUAAGUUCGGCCCGAAGACUACCUGGGGUCGGAAUGUUCGAACAGGGCGCGGGAAAAUUGGACCUCAUCCGGGCAUUCUACUUCCUGCGGAGCUACGUUCCGCAAGUGACACUAAGCCCUAGUUACGUGGAUCUCACUGAGUGCAUGUACAUGUGGCCGUACUGCACCCAGGCGAUUUACUACUCGGGAAUGCCAACUGUGGUAAACGUGACGAUCAUCAACGGACUGGGUGUCUCAGGCCACGUUGCAAAUGUCACCUGGCACCCAUAUCUCGGAGAAGGCUACGGAGAAAAGGUUGACGUUGCCCUGACCUUCAGUGACGUCCUGUGGCCCUGGUCCGGGUGGUUGGCUGUUGCGUUGACUGUUCCCGAAGCUGCUGCUGACUGGCAGGGCGUCGCUCAUGGACAUAUCAGUCUCACAGUGGAGUCGCCGUCUCAGGAUGACCAAGAGACCGAGGCUGUCAGGUCGACUAUCAACCUCCCGCUCAAGGUUAAGAUCAUUCCGACUCCUCCAAGGCACAAGAGACUCCUCUGGGACCAGUUUCACAAUUUGAGGUAUCCUCCUGGGUACUUUCCAAGGGAUGAUCUUCAGGCGAAGAAUGAUCCUCUUGAUUGGAAUGGCGAUCAUAUUCAUACUAAUUUUAAGGAGAUGUAUCAGCAUCUUAGGAAUGCUGGGUAUUAUCUUGAGGUGCUAGGAACACCAUUCAUCUGUUUCGAAGCCAAAAAUUACGGUACCCUGCUGAUAGUAGACUCAGAAGAAGAAUUCUUCCCUGAAGAAGUGAUAAAGCUGAAGAAAGACGUCGAAGAAGAAGGUCUCUCGGUGGUUAUCUUCGCGGACUGGUACAAUGAAACCGUCAUGCAGAAGGUCAAGUUCUACGACGAGAAUACCAGACAGUGGUGGAUCCCAGACACUGGAGGAGCGAAUGUGCCGGCGCUCAAUGAAUUACUGAGCAACUGGGACAUCGCUUUUGGAGACUCCGUAAGAAACGGACAGUUUACACUCGGACAGCACUCACCGGUGACCUUUGCCUCGGGUACAACUAUUGCGAGGUUCCCUGCGAAGGGCACGCUGCUGUUUGUCGAGCUGAAGGACCAGGGAGAGAAAUUGCUGAAAGGAACCGAGUCUAUGGCGAAGGUUCCUGUCUUGGGUCUACUGGAACCAGACGGCGAUAAAGAAGCUUCCGGAAAGUCAGGGAAGAUUGUUAUUUAUGGAGACUCUAAUUGCAUUGAUGACAGUCAUGCUAAAAAACCUGCCUGUUUCUGGAUGCUGGACGCAAUUCUCGAGUACACAACUACAGGAAACGUCCCUUCAAUCUUCCUGGACCCGAAAAACAACGAACUAUCAUCAGACCUAGACUCCAGUAAAUUUCCAUCACGAAUGCAAGGUAGCCAGUUACAUCGACACAGCAAAGUCCUAUUGAUGACUGAAAGCGACGGAACCCAACGACUUAGACCUUUGCCAGCUUGCCCUUCUGCUGUUCUUGCCGUUCCAAGUCCUCUUAACGAGUCGAUUCCCACAAAUUUGUACAGAGCCCAGAAAAUCCUGUCAGUAGAAGAACAGGCUGAUGCAGUGCCUCUCUCACCAGACGCAGACCCGACCUGGGUUCUCCGUCGUCGCGGAGGCACUGGGUACAACUCCCACCCUCAGUUCAGCCUCGAAAUCGAGCAGACGUAUGUAGAGCCAGUUACUAACACUAAAUACUCCCUCCCGCUAAACUCCUGGAGCUUCUACUUGACUGUCACGAUUAUUUCCAUUCUGACGAUGAUACUUCUCAAGAGAUUGCUGUCUAAUUGCAUCAGGAAGCGACAGCUGAAACGCAAACGCGUGAUAGGACGGCUCAGGAGAGUCUUCCAAGCGCUAGCUGUUUCUAGAGUGCCUCAAAUGUAAAUGUAAAGUAUAAGUCAAUUAGUCGAGAUGAAUAAUACGUAUUUUGUAUAAAUUAUUUAUUAAAUAUUCUAUUUCUUUUUUA